AUGCCACGGGGGGUCCCAAAUGGGGAUGGAGCGACCCCGGGUCCAUCUGCGCCCCCCAGCCGCACUGCCACCCCCAGGAACUGGACCCUGGACCCCGCCGGGGACUGGCACUACAGAUGGAUCAGCCUCAUGGUGCUGCCCAUCCUUUACAACUGGGUCGUCCUCAUCCUCAGGUGCUGCUUCCCCGAGCUGCAGGAGGCACACACCCGGCUGUGGCAGGCCCUGGACGGGCUCAGCGAUGCACUGUACCUGCUGGACAUCGCCGUGCACUGCCACACAGGUUUCCUAGAGGACGGGAUCCUGGUGCGGGACCUCAGCCGGACGCGGCGCCUCUAUCUGAGCUCCUGGACCUUCCCCUGGGACGUGAUGACUGUGCUGCCCACCGAGCUACUCUGUCUGCUCCCGGGGGUCCCGAGGGUCCCAGGGGUGCCAGCAGCACGUGCCAACCGCUGCCUACGGGUGCCACGACUCUUCGAGGCCUUCGACCGGUGCGAGACGCGCACGGGAUGGCCCAACGUGUUCCGCGUGGCCAAGCUGAUGCUGUACCUGCUGCUGGGCAUCCACUGGCACGGCUGCCUCUACUUCGCACUGUCGGCACACCUGGGGCUGGGAGUUGAUCCCUGGGUCUGCCCCAGCUCCACCCGACCGCUGCGCCGAUACCUGCACAGCUUCUACUUCUCCACGCUGGUCCUGGCCACGGUGGGAGACACGCCGGCACCGCAGCGCGAGGAGGAGUUCCUCUUCCUCACCGCCGGCUUCCUCCUGGCCGUGCUGGGCUUCGCCACCGUCACCGGCAGCAUCAGCACCGUCAUCGUGAACCUCAGCACGGCCACCACCGCCUUCUACCCCGAGGCGGGGCCGGUGCGGCGGUACCUGCGGGCGCGGGGCGCGGGCGGGCGGCUGGAGGCUCGCGUGGUGCGCUGGCAGCAGCACCUGCGGGCACAGCGCAAGCUGCCGGCGGAGCGGGAGGUGCUGCGGCUGCUGCCGCGGGGGCUGCGGGCCGAGGUGGCCGCCAGCGUGCACCUGGCGGCCCUGCGGCGAGUCGGGCUGUUCCGCAGCUGGGAGCGAGGAGUGCUGCGGCAGCUGGUGCUGCGCCUGCGACCGCAGGUCUUCGGCCCCGGCGAGUUCGUGUGCCGGCGUGGGGAUGUGGGCCGGGAGAUGUACUUCAUCCGCGAGGGCCGCCUGGCCGUGGUGGCCGAGGACGGUGUCACGCAGCUGGCCGUGCUGAGCGAGGGGCUCUACUUCGGGGAGAUCAGCCUCAUCAACAUCAAGGGCAACACGGCGGGGAACCGGCGCACGGCCAACAUCCUGAGCAUCGGCUACUCAGACCUGUUCUGCCUGGGCAAGGAGGACCUGGCGGAGGUGCUGGCCGAGUUCCCCUGUGCCCGUGCUGCCAUGGAGGCCAAGGGCCGGGAGCUGCUGCUGCGCAUGGGCCGGCUCGACACCGGGGCCGAGGCGGCGGCACUGGCGGCCGAGGCGGAGGCGGAGCGGCGGCUGCAGGGGCUGGAGCUGGCCCUGGAGGGGCUCCAGACUCAGGCAGCCCGGCUGCUGGCACAGCUGGAGGCCAGCGCCCUGCGCAUGGCCCUGCGCGUCCAGCGCCUCGAGGGACGGCCGCACCUGCGGGACAGAGCGGCGCGGACAGACGGAGCGGCGGGAGCGGCCUCACCGCCUGCCGGGACACAGGGUCCUCCUGAGGGACAGGGUCCCCCCGGAGCGCAGCAUCCAGCCAAGGCACAGCGUGUCCUCAGGGCAUACGGUCCCCUCAGGGAACAGGGUCUCUCCAAGGUGCGGGGUGCGCCCAGGGCACAGGGUCCUGCCCUGGAACCAGCUUCUGCAGGAGGAUGGGGUCCCACUGGCGUGCAGGGCCCCUCCGAGGCACAGGGUCCUCGCAGAGCACAGGGUCCCCAGAGAGCACAGGGUCCCAGCGACAUGCAAGGUCCUCCCAAAGCACAUGGUAUCCCCAUGCUGCUGCUGCUGGACGGGGACCGGGACGGGGAAGAACCGGGAUGGGGACGGGUCAGGGUCGUGGAGUUUCGGAGCCGUGAGCGGCUCGGGACCCCCAGCCCCGCUGGGCCGUCCCGGGGCAGCCGCAGGGACGCGGUGACAGGCACCGCGGUGGCGGCGCUCGCUCAAGAGCGCUCCCGGUGA